UUGAAGCAAGCUGAGCAUCUUGUUCAGCAAUUUCCUAAUUGCGCUGUAGGAAUUGCCUACAAAGCUUACUUUACUUAUAUGAAAGAUCGUACAAAGAAGGAUGAAUGCAUUACCAUGGCAAAGCAAGCAAACAGAACUGAUAUGAAAUCAGCAGAAGCUUGGAAAAUUUGUGGAAUGUUAUAUCGUGAAAUGAACGACUUCCUUCAAUAUCUUCAAUGCUACAGACUUGCCUCUAGAUUUGACCCUACCGAUUUAUCUAUCUUAAGUGACAUUUGCAGUCUUCAUUUCUUCUUUGGAGAUUAUGAUUCAUUUUUCAAAGCUGCACGUGAACUUGCCCAGAAAACAGCUAACACAUACAAUCAAAUGCGCUAUGCUUUAGGCCUCUGGUACAUUCAAGAAUACGAAGAAAUCGAUAAUUACCUUAAUAUUUACGAAAGAAACUUCACCAUAUCACGAAAUGAUGAAGAGAUGGUAUUCCGCUCCGAAUUAUCUAUCUUUCACGCAAUGGCUUUCAUCAAAUUAAAUAAAUACACCGAAUGCCUUGAUUACUUGGCCAAGAAUGCCAUCUGGAUCCGCGAUACAGUUCGUAUGAAUGAACUCGAAGCACUUUGCUACCGCAAACUCGGUGAUACAGAAAAAACAUUCAACAAACUCUACAAACUCAUCAAAUACUACCCAGAAAACGGAGAUUACUUUGAUAUCAUCGAGGAGCUCGUCCCAAAGGACAAGAUUAUCGAUGAACUUCUCAAAAUCAAAGAAAUGGCCAACUCGAAAUACGCCUGGGUACGCGCUUUAGAGCUCAUGGAUGUCAAUGAUUCACGUUACGAACCACUCUUAUGCCAAUACCUUGAGCCAUUACUCAUAAAAGCUUCUCCAGCAGCUUAUAUUUCACUUAAAGACCUCAGCGAUGCCGGAAUCGACCUUGCCUUCAAGAUCGCUACAGAAUUAAGUGUUCCUAUGAACGCUGUCCCAAUGGUUAAGCUUUUCAGAGCUCAAGUAUUUUAUAGAAAAGGAGAUCUCAAAAGCGCUCUUUCCGAAAUCGAUGCAGGCUUAGAUCACACGACCACAGCAAUCGAACUCCUUGCAUGGCGCUCGAAGUUCCUCAAAGGAUCAGGUAGAAUUAAAGAAUCUCUCAGAUUCGCCCGUAAAUUCGCCAACGCUGACCCUGCCGAUCGCAAUGCCAACAACCUCCUUGUCCAGAACCUCCUUCUCAACGGCCUGACCACCAUGGCCGAAGAAAAAGCCGGUCAAUUCGCCGGAACAGAGGACGGUAAGUCAUUGCUUUGGGAGACACAAUUCAACACCUACUAUCUCCGUGCUGGAAUUGCCUUCCUUAGGCGUGGUAAUAUGAAGAAAGCUCGAGAUAUGUACGAAGGAAUCUACAAACACUUCGAUGAGUACAGGAAAGGCGAGUUCAACUACAUCGCAUGGGCAUCAAAGAAGCCACGCGCUCUUAUUGAACUUCAAGAUAUGUUGAAUAACGUUGAAAAGGAGUAUCAAUUCUACGAAGCAGCUUCUUUCGCAAUGAGAAUUGCCAUAUUGCAAGGAAGACAGACAGAAUUCCUUAACAACACCUCCAAGCCAUGA